UAUUAUUAUUAUUAUUAUAUAUACAAGAUACAUACGAAAACUGGUUUUCGGUUUUUUUUUAGUUUUAUUUCCAUUAUUUAUUUAUUUUAUUAUUAUUUUUUUAAAUUUCGCUUCGUCGUCGCCAACUACACCGUCCUCCUGCAUAGGCAACCGCUUACGUCUGCCGCAGUCUCUUCAGACUUCUCUUCCGUCUAGUCUGUUGAUUUUUUUUCCUAAUUAUUUUUCCUUCACAAUUAUUAUAUCAUUUUUCUUCCGAACCCAGAACGCUGCAGCCAAACUCGACAAUCCGUGCGCGGACGGCACAAUAAGAUGAUGUACCACCCGCGACCAACUACCCGUAUCAGACGUAGGCUGAAAUAAUAACGGAAAUUCAUACACAAUGAUGGCUGGCAAAGAUGAAUUAGAUGACUGUGACAUCAUCAAACAAGGUCUGAUGGUGAAACGGUCGCAGAACAAAAAAAGAUUUAUGCCCAUUAACUACAAACAGAGAUGGUUUGUAUUGACGACCAAGAACUUAAUCUACUAUGAGUCUGAAUCCGAACGUAAAAAAGAACGAGGUCGUAUAAAACUGUCUUCGGUAACUGUGAUUGAAACAGCUACAAUUACUUCUUCACCAAAUAUUUUAUCUCAAGAUACUACUAACAAUGACGGUGAAAAUGGGUAUGCAUUUCAAAUAUCAUAUAACGAUGGAAAUGAUCAACCAUAUACAUUAUAUUUAAUCACACAAAAACUUCAAGAAAGAUCUGAUUGGAUAAGAUCUUUAAGAGCUGUAUGUGCUGACUCCUUGGGAAAGAGUGAAAAAUAUCAUGCAUCAAUUUGGGGUGGUAAAAAAUGGCAAUGUUGUCGAGCUCCAACACGUAUUGCUGAAGGCUGUGAACCAUGUUCUGAAUGGAAUAAAACACCACCAAAUUCACCUGUUAUAAAAAAUGGUGAAAAUAAUAGUCCAAUAUUAGCAUUAACAGCAAGCCCAAUAAUGCCGGGUGGAACGCCAGCAGCUAAGCUAAAAGACCAAGUACCAAGAAUUAAGGUAGUGACUGCUCUCUAUCCCUUUAAAGCAAUUGAGCCUGGGGAUUUGACUUUAGUUAAAGGAUGUGAAUAUGACGUCAUUGAUGAUUCUCAAGAUCAUUGGUGGAAAGUAAGAGAUGAGCAUGGAGCUAUAGGUUAUAUUCCUAGUAAUUAUGUUAAAGAAAAAGAAUUUCUUGGACUUCAAAAAUAUGAAUGGUAUGUUGGAGAUAUGUCAAGACAGAGAGCUGAGUCUCUUCUCAAACAAGAAGAUAAAGAAGGAUGUUUUGUUGUAAGAAAUUCGUCAACCAAAGGUCUUUAUACAUUAUCUCUUUUCACAAAAGUGCCACAUUCUCAUGUGAAGCAUUAUCACAUUAAACAAAAUAGCCGAGGAGAUUUUUUUUUAAGCGAAAAACAUUGCUGUUCAACUAUUCCAGAAUUAAUUAAUUACCAUCGUCACAACAGUGGGGGAUUAGCAUCACGGUUAAAAGCCUCUCCUUGUGAUCGUCCUGUUCCUGCUACAGCUGGCCUUAGUCAUGACAAAUGGGAAAUCGAUCCUGCAGAACUAAUGUUGUUGGAAGAACUAGGAUCAGGUCAGUUUGGUGUGGUCCGCCAUGGUAAAUGGAAAGGUUCCAUUGACACUGCAGUCAAAAUGAUGAAAGAAGGCACCAUGUCUGAAGAUGAUUUUAUUGAAGAAGCCAAAGUCAUGACGAAACUCCAACACCAGAAUCUAGUCCAACUUUAUGGAGUUUGUAGCAAACAUCGCCCAAUUUAUAUAGUUACCGAGUAUAUGAGACAUGGAUCACUGCUGAAUUAUCUCAGGAGACAUGAAAAUAGUUUAGGAGGAAACAAUGGCUUAUUACUUGACAUGUGUAUUCAGGUUUGCAAAGGGAUGGCCUAUUUAGAACGUCACAAUUACAUACAUCGUGAUCUUGCUGCUAGAAACUGUUUAGUGGGUUCAGAAAAUGUUGUAAAAGUUGCAGAUUUUGGAUUAGCCAGGUAUGUCCUCGAUGAUCAAUAUACCAGUUCUGGUGGUACCAAAUUUCCCAUUAAAUGGGCUCCUCCUGAAGUCUUAAAUUAUACUAGAUUUUCUUCCAAAUCUGAUGUUUGGGCUUAUGGUGUUUUAAUGUGGGAAAUAUUUACUUGUGGUAAAAUGCCAUAUGGACGUCUUAAAAACACUGAAGUUGUUGAUCGUGUACAAAGAGGCAUUAUUUUGGAAAAACCGAAAAUGUGUUUCAAAGAAGUAUACGAGGUUAUGCGUAAAUGUUGGAGCCAUUGUCCUGAAGAUCGUCCAUCUUUUAGAUUGUUGAAAGAUCAACUGGCUGUCACAUCUCAGGGUUUAAUAGCAGAUUGACGUGUUCCACAACAAUCUUGCAAUUGUGCUAUUUGCUUGUUGCUUGACAUUGGUUAUGAGCCCCUCAUAGAAUUGUGUCGUUUAGUGAUUGAAACAAAUCGCCGUGGCACUCUUUGAACUUAUAAAUUGUAUGUUCAGUUGUCAAAAAAUAUUCAGUGAGUUUAUCUACAUAAAAAUGAUCUCGAACUUUGCGAUAAGUUUUUAAAACAAUUUCAAGUGCUGUUUACAUUUUAUACUAAUAAGUUAUAACUAUUUUAUUGACAUAAAUUGAGAUAUUAUACAUUCCUUGUAUGUACAUGUUUUAUUGAAAAACUUGAACAUUUAGAAUUAUUUGGGUACAUAUUUUGUACAGGGUUAUAAAUCCAAAAUUAAUUUUUGAAGCUAUUUGUGACAUUGCAUUUUGAAAAAGAAUUUAUUACUUGCAAGAACAAAUUAAUGUUUAGAUAAUAACUGAUAAAUAAUAUUUGCAUUUCAUCGACUUUUUAAACAAAAAUUUUUCUGAAAAACUUCAAAACAAUUAUAUUUUGUCUUCCAUUUAUAGGAAAAGUAUUAACUGCCAAAUGUGUUUCAUUAAGUUUUCACAUUUGUUUACCCGUGAAAAUUAUUGUGAUACCAUAUUUUCAUGUUUUAUAUUUAUUUUAGAACAAAUUUAUAAAAACAAUAAAAGUGUUUCAUUAAUUUUGUGAUCAAAAUGUUGUUAGGUUCUAUAUUAUGUAUGAUGAUUAAUGUAUCUAUGGCAACAGAGAACUAAUUAAUUAACUCUAUAAUAAAAAUAACUUGAAAAUAAAACCAGGUCUCCAUUUAAAAAAAGUGAAAUGUUAUGUUGAACAUACAUUAAAUACAUGAGUUAAAAAAAUGUUAAGUCUUCGGUAUUUAUACUUCAAUAAUCUAGUUUCAUGUUCCAUAUUCAAAUUUCAUAAAUAUGUAAAGAGAACUAAAUAAAGGUAUACCCUAUAUUUGUGGACUUUAUUUAAUCAUUAUUUUGUAUACAUAAAUUAAAUAUUUUAGAAAAUAUAAAAAUGUAUGAACAAUUUUGCAAUGGGUGAAAACUGAAAACCUUAAAACUAUUAUUUUGGUUACUUUAUAUUCAAUGUUAUUUUGUAUUCUUAUUUUUUCAAUUUACCACACUAAUAUUCCAAACAAAUUAUUAACUAUUAAAUUGAAUUGUCGAUUUGGUAUUGUUUAUUUAAAAUAUCAUAUUAAGUUAGUCCUAUUUAUAAUGCUGGUGAAGUAUAACCCAUAGAUUUUUUUCAUACAUGUAUGUUGUGUUUAUGUUAAAUCUCAAUUGUGUCAAAUUGUAUGUGCUUAUUUUAUACUGUAUAAAAUAUUACCAAAAAGGUUUAAAAUAUCAAUUAUAAGUUAAGGUUUAUAAUGUCAAAAUGUUCGGCAUUUAUAAUGAUAUAAUUUCACAUAGUUAGUAGUUUUGAACCUUUUGUUAAUUUUUUAGUAUAUUAUUGUAAGCAAGCAAGCUAAAAAAUGUUUUUAUGAGUUCCAAAUUUUUGUAUUAUUAUAGCGUUUUGUGUUUGCUUCAAUUGUGUACAAUGUAUUUAUUUAUUUUAAACUUAGAUAUAUUUUAUUGUAUCAUUGGCAUAUUAUAUUGGCAUUAAGUCCAUAAAAUGUACAACAAUAAAAAUGUAGCUAGAAUGAUUACUCUUAUUUUUAAGUUAUAUAUGCUCAGUUUAAUGAUUUGAAUACUGUUUAUACCUGUUUAUACAUUAAUAAAUGACAUAUUUGUAUAUUUUA